AUGGGGCAGAAAAAGAGUGAAACUCUGACCACCAGAUGGCAGCAGAGGCUUGUGCCAAAAGGAUACCUUUCUGGUCGCAGAAAGGGGUGGGAACCGUUCGGAGCUAUCCAUUUUCCUGAACAACCUCCUAAAGUCCUGGGAAGUGUGGAUCAAUUUAAUAACUCUGGCCUACUGGUGGCAUAUACACCAGAGGAACAGUCAGUCAUUGGGACACCAGACAAAGAGACCAUGGAUAUAGUACUUUCAAAAAAGUACCAUGAAAUGGUGGGAGUUGUAUUUAGUGAUAUUUUUUCCUAUCAACUGAAGUUUAAUUGGAGAUAUAGAAUCCCAGUUUUAAAGGAACACUCUGUAUAUACAGAACACUGUUGGGCCAUGAAUGGUGAAAAUUUUUGUUACUCAGCAAUGUACUGGCUAAAAGGGUUUGUAGCUUUUCAAGCUGCAAUUAAUGCUGCAAUUACAGAAUGGAAAGCCUGGAAAAGUAGAAGCAUUGCAGGCAUAUUUUUUGACAUAUACAAAGGACAGAUCACUGCAAUACUUGGGCAUAAUGGAGCUGGUAAAUCAACACUGCUAAACAUUUUUAGUGAAUUAUCUGUUUCUACAGAAGGAUCAGCCACUAUUUAUAAUACCCAACUCUCUGAAACAACUGACAUGGAAGAAAUUAGAAAGAACAUUGGAUUUUGUCCACAGUUUAAUUUUCAAUUUGAUUUCCUCACUGUGAGAGAAAACCUCAGGGUAUUUGCUAAAAUAAAAGGAAUUCAGCCAAAGGGUAAAAAAAUUGUAAUGGAAUUAGACAUGCAAAGCAUUCAAGACAUUAUCACUAAAAAAUUAAGUGGUGGGCAGAAGAGAAAGCUAACAUUAGGGAUUGCCAUCUUAGGAGAUCCUCAGGUUUUGCUACUGGAUGAACCAACUGCUGGAUUGGAUCUCUUUUCAAGGCACUGCACGUGGAGCCUCCUGAAGGAGCAUAAAGUAGACCAAGUUAUCAUCUUCAGUACCCAAUUCAUGGAUGAGGCUGACAUCUUGGCUGAUAGGAAAGUAUUUCUGUCUAAUGGGAAGUUGAAAUGUACAGGAUCAUCUUUGUUUCUGAAGCAAAAGUGGGGUAUUGGAUAUCAUUUAAGUUUACACAGGAAUGAAACGUGUGACACAGGGAAAAUCAUUCUUAUUAAGCAGCACAUUCCUGAUGCCAAGUUAACAACAGAAAGUGAAGAAAAAGUUGUGUAUGGUUUGCCUUUGGGAAAAGCUAACAAAUUUCCAAAUCUUUACAGUGACCUUGAUAAGUGUUCUGACCAAGGAAUAAGGAAUUAUGAUGUUUCCAUGACAACUCUGAAUGAAAUAUUCUUGAACCUACAAGGCAAAUCAGCAAUUGAUGAACCAGAUUUUGACAUUGGGAAACAAGAGAAAAUAUAUGUGACAAGAAAUACUGGAAAUGAGUCUGAAAUGAAACAGGUCCUCUGUUCUCUUCCUGAAAUGAGAAUGACUGUCAGUGAUGCAGCUCUCUGGAGACAACAAAUCUGUGCAGUGGCAAUACUUUGCUUCUUAAAGUUAAGGCAUGAAAGGAGAGCUCUUUUGUGUUUGUUAUUAGUACUUGGAGUUGCUUUUAUCUCCAUAAUUCUGGAGAAGAUAAUAUAUAAAGUAACUUGUGAAACUCAUCGUUGGUAGUUUUCACCCAGUAUGUAUUUCCUUUCUCUGGAAGAAACCCCGAAGACUCCUCUUACAAGCUUAUUAAUCAUUAAUAAUACAGGUUGGAUUAGAGAUGCAGUGUUUGGGAGCAAGCAGACCACUUUGUUGCUGUCGGUGUUGAACUCAUGUGGUUCUGGGUUACCACGGGUGCUGUCCAAUAGCAAAAGAACUUUAAAAGGCAGUUUAAAAGGAACUUUAAAAGUGCUUGCUGACUUUAGGGACAAAGCAUCGAUGGAACCAAUCCAGAAAAAGGGCUCUUGUUGUCUAGGCCUUCUUGUUAUAUUAAUAUGUGUAUCCACAAUUCUGGUAUCAACUAAAUAUGAAAAACCCAAUUCAAUUUUGUGCAUGAUUUUAAUGCCUUCCUUCACUUUGCUUGGAUAUGUCACGUUAUUGAGCCAGCUCAGCUUUAUGUAUAUGAGAUACUUGGACAGUCUGGAUGAUGGGAUAAAUGAACUCAAUAAAACUAUUCUUUUAACCACCUUAAUACCAUACCUUCAGAGUUUUAUUUUCCUUCUUAUCAUAAGGUGUCUGGAAAUGAAGUGGAAUGAAAUAAUGAGUAAAGACCCAGUUUUCAGAAUCUCUCCACAAAGUAGAGAAAUUCAUCCCAAUCCAGAAGAGCCCUAAGAAGAAGAUGAAAAUGUUCAAGCUGAAAGAGUCAAAGCAGCAAAUGCAUUCACCACUCCACACUUGGAGGAGAAACCAGUCAUAACUGCAAGCUGUUUACACAAGGAAUAUUAUGAAACAAAGAAAAGUUGCUUUUCAGCAAGAAAAAAAAAAAUAGCCAUCAGAAAUGUUUCCUUUUGAGUUAAAAAAGGUGAAAUUUUAGGAUAAUGAGGCCACAAUGGAGCUGGUAAAAGUAGUUCCAUUAAAAUGAUCACUGGGUGCACAAAGCCAACUGCAGGAAUGGUGGUGUUACAAGGGAGCAGAGCAUCAGCAAUGCAACAGUGUGACAACAGCCUCAAGCCUCAGGAGAACUCACUGCGGCAUGAGCUUACAAUGAAAGAGCACCUGGAGUUGUAUGCAGCUGUGAAAGGACUGGGCAAAAAAGAUGCUGCUCUUAGUAUUUUAUGAUUAGUGGAAGCUCUCAAUCUCCAGGAGCAACUUAAGGCUCCCGUGAAAAUUCUAUCAGAGGGAAUAACAAGAAAGCUGUGCUUCAUGCUGAGCAUCCUGAGGAACCUAUCAGUGAUACUUCUAGAUGAGCCAUUCACCGGGAUGGACCCCAAGGGGCAGCAGCAAAAGCGGCAGACACUUCGGGCUACUGUUAAAACCAAGGAGUGGGGCGCUCUCUUGACCACCCAUUACAUGUCAGAGGCUACAGCUGUGUGUGACCAUGUGGUCAUGAUGGUGUCAGGAAUGCUAAGGUGUAUUGGUUGCAUUCAACAUCUGGAAAACAAGUUUGAUAAAGAUUACUUGCUAGAAAUAAAAAUGAAAGAACCUACUCAGGUGGAACCUCUCCACAUAGAGAUUUUUAUUUUCCCACAGGCUGAUGGGCAGGAAAGAUAUUCCUCCUUAAUGGCAUAUAAGUUACCUGUGGAGGAUGUCCACCCUCUAUCUUGGGCCUUUUUCAAAUUAGAGGCAGUAAAACAGACCUUCAACCUGAAGGAAUACAGCUUCUCUCAGGCUACAUUGGAGCAGGUAUUCUUAGAACUCUGUAAAGAGCAGGAGCUGGGAAAUAUUGAUGACACAAUUGAUACAACAGUUCAACGGAAACUUCUCCCACAAAAAGACCCUUAAAACGAAGAACCUCCUAACAUUCCAUUUUAGGUCAUACUACAUUGUUAGCUUCCAUAAUUCUACAAGAAUGCUUCCUUUUACUUCAGUUAACAAAAGAAAACAUUCAAUAGUGUAAAUAUUCAAUAAUGAUUAAAGUUUUCUUUUUUUUUAAUUUUAGGAUGAAGAAAACAAGGAAAUAUAGGAAAAAGUAGUAUCCAAAAUUAACAAAAUCAGACAUGUUAUUCAUCCCCAACAUGUGUCUAAUUUGUGCUUAAAAAUAAUUUUAAAAUCAUAUAAUAUUAGGUGGUUUUUGGUUAUUAUCAAUAAAAUUAACACUGAGCAUAUUUUACAAAUAAAAAUAUGAGCUUUUUAGCCUCAACUUCAAAUGUAUCAGCUAUUUUUAAACAUUAUUUACUCAGAUUCUAAUUUAAUGUGACAUUCGCUAAAAGAAGCUCUGAUAAACUAAUGAAAUGGCACAGCAGAACAUUUAAUUAUAAUGACAUAUUCUGAUUAUAAAAUAAACACAUGAAUUUUAGUAUAUAUUAAAAUUAUAUGGAAGAAGAUAUAAUCUGUAAAAAAGUAUCACAGUUAAUAUUUUAUUCAGCCAACUUUUAUAUGCAAUGUAAUUUUUAUGAGUCCCCUUUCAAAGGUAGUAUCAGUAGGCAUACUAAUUUUUUGUAUCGUUUCACUUCACAGUUCACAAACAUUUCCCAUGUCUUUAUAAUCCUUUUGUGUUAUAUAAUUGCUGCAUUGUUAUAAUAGCUGUAUUGAUGUAAUACCAGAGUUGUUACAUUUGAGUUAUAUGCAAAUUUAUUUCUUAGAAAUAAAACUUUGGGGACUCUAUGUUUGGAUCCCCUUCCACGAAUACUUGUGCUCGUGGAAGCUGUUUUUCUCUAUCCUGGAUUUCCCCUCUGAAGUCCCCUUCCACGAACACUCCCAUUGUAAAAGCCUGUCUUCCCCUUCCAAACUCCAUCUCUCUAUUCCUUUCCACUCAGUGUGGAAGCUGCUUUCCACUCCUGGAUUCCAUCUUUCUGGAUUCUCUGACUCAGUGUGAGAGUUAGCUGUUUAUUUCUCUCUCCUUCUCAUGUUUCUCUCUUUCACUCUCUCUCUAAAUAAAUCACUUUCUACAAACAAACAAACAAACAAAAAAAGAAAUAAAACUUUGAUGGACUUUUCUGAUGUCUUCUUUAUUAGAGUCUUAAGGUAAGUGGUUCAGAUAUCAAAUGAUGGCUUUCUGUCUUUGGUAAGAUCCAUAUAACUUUAUUCUCUGACCUGUAGAAAAAGUCAUUAUCCAUCUGCUAUCAUUUGGAUAUUUGACCCUCUGAAUGUCAUGUUGAAAUUUGAUUCCAAGUGUCGGAGGUGGGGCCCAGUGGGAGGUGUUUGGGUCAUAGGGAUGGAUCCCCUUAUGAAUUACUUUGUGCUGUCCUUAUAGUUAUGAGUGAGUUCUCUCUCUGUUAGUUCUCAGGGGAAAGUUAAAAAGAGCCUGGCAUCUCUUUCUCCCUCUCUCUAUGUCUCUUGCCAUGUUAUUUUGGCACAUGCUGGCUCCACUUCACCUCUGCCAAGUAGAAGCAAUGUGAGGCCUCACUGGAUGCAGAUGUUGGUACCACAUUUCUUGUACAACCUGUGGUUUCAGAAUUCCAAUGGAAAAAGUCAGCCUAAAAGUAUCUUGUGAAACACCUAGGGAGAUAGGACGUCAGACAGGCAACAACUUCAAUGCAAAAUGUGUCUUGUCUCCAGAUUUUUUAAUGAUCGCCAUUCUAACUGGCGUGAGAUGGUAUCUCAAUGUGGUUUUGAUUUGCAUCUCUCUGAUGACCAGUGACGAUGAGCAUUUUUUCAUAUGAUUGUUGGCCUCAUAUAUGUCUUCUUUCGUAAAGUAUCUGUUCAUAUCCUUUGCCCACUUUUGAAUGGGCUUGUUUGUUUUUUUCCUGUAAAUCUGUUUGAGUUCUUUGUAAAUUCUGGAUAUCAGCCCUUUGUCAGAAGGGGAGAAGAAAAGCAAAGCACACUGCCAUGUGUGUACCUACGCAACUGUCUUCCAUGCUCUGCUCAUGUACCCCAAAACCUAUAAUCCAAUAAAAAAUUUAAAAAAAAAAUGUGUCUUGUUCCAAAAGUGACUGGAGGACUACUGCCACAGAAACCACCUUAAAGUGAGAAGCAGCAGUAAGAUGAUAGACCUAGUGGAAGCAGAGCUGACAUGCAGUUGCUGACUUUCACAUGCUUCCAACAAGCAGCAUUUGCAGCAGAGCAAUAUGAAAUAUUAGUUGGUUGAAUACAGAAGCAAAUGCUUCAGAAAAUGCAGGAUUGUGUUGGAUUGGGUCAAAAAACUACCAAUGGUUGCAAAUAAAAUGAAUGUACAUUUAUUGUCCAUAAAUUCUCAGUGUCUCAAUCCACUUAAUUUUUUUGUGGCAAAAACAUAGAACAAAAUUUGCUUGAAAUAAAUCAGAUGCAGAAGGGAAAAUUUUGUAUGCUUAUAUUCAUAUGGAACAUCUAUUAAUAAAUUAGGCACAUUCACUGAGACAGAAAGAGAUUAAAGAUUACUGGCAGCUUGGGGGAUGAGAGAAUGGAAGUUAUAACGUAGUGGUUAUGAAAUUCCUCUUUGGGUUUAUAAAAAAUUUGAGAACUAGACAGUGGUGCUGGUUGCACAAUUUUAUGAAUGCAAUUAAUGUCACUGAAUUGUACACUUAAAAAUUGUCAAAGUGGAGAAUUCAAUUCAUUUAAUUUUUAAAAAUAUAAUUUAAUAUUUUUGUUUUUCUAUAAAAAUUAUAGUAUUUAUACAAUCUAAACUGAAAAAUCCUUUUGCUUAGCUAAUACAUUUUCUAUCAUAUGCACACAGAAUAAUAUAUCUAUGAUUAUAUAAUGAUCUUACUUAACCUCAUACUAUGAACAUCACACUUUCCUAGUCUAUUAUAUACCUAUGUCAGUUUAAGCCAGGUUUUUUGUUGGUUUGUUUUUUUGGUUUUUUUUUGUAAUGUGUAUGUAGUAUUUCCAUCUUUGGAUGUACCAAAACUUUAUGGUUGAGAAUAAAUGGAAAGAUAUUUA